AUGAAUUUACUCGUUGCCAGUUUCUUGCAGGAUUUACUCGUUACCACUUACUUUCAAAUGGUAGACGGAUCAUAGGCAUUGGGGCUGCUGUGUCGGGGAUCGUUGUAUUUUCCAUUGCGAUCGCAUGCUACUACAAGAGAGAAAACAUACGGAGCACAAGAAUAGUUAUUUGGAAGACAAACACAAGAGAUCAGGAGUUUGAUGUGAAAGCAUUUAUAAGGAAUUAUGAGCCAUUGGCCCCAAAGCGAUAUAGUUAUGCAACAGUGAAGAAGAUGACAAAGUCAUUUGCAGAAAGGAUCGGUAAAGGAGGGUAUGGCACUGUAUAUAAAGGUAAGUUACCUGAUGGUUCUUUGGUUGCAGUAAAACUGCUAAAUGAGUCCAAAAGUAAUGGAGAAGAGUUCAUCAAUGAAGUCGCAAGCAUUGGUAGAACUUCUCAUGUUAAUAUAGUCACUCUCCUUGGAUUUUGUUAUGAGAGGACAAACAGAGCUCUUGUUUAUGAAUAUAUGCCCAACGGAUCACUAGACAAGUUCAUAUUCACGCAAGAAUCUUCGAGUACAAACCGUCACUUAGAAUGGAAAACAUUAUAUGAAAUUGCGAUUGGCAUUGCACGAGGGCUAGAAUACUUGCACCGAGGCUGUAACACGAGGAUUUUGCAUCUCGACAUAAAGCCUCAAAACAUUCUUUUGGACGACGGCUUCUGUCCUAAAAUUUCUGAUUUUGGGCUUGCCAAACUCUGGCUAACGAAGGAGAGUAUCGUGUCUGCGGCGGGAGCUAGAGGAACUAUAGGAUACAUUGCACCCGAAGUAUUCAGUCGGGCCUUUGGUGGAGUAUCUCAUAAAUCCGAUGUUUAUAGCUAUGGGAUGUUGAUUCUUGAAAUGGUUGGAUGUAGAAAGAACUUUGAUUCUGCAGCGUCUCAUACUAGUGAAAUAUAUUACCCAAAUCGAAUUUAUAAGGAUCUAGAAAUGGAAAAUGAAGAAAGUAUCUUGGGGAACAUAAUGGACGGAGAGAACGAAAUAUCAAAGAAGAUGUUGUUAGUGAGUUUCUGGUGCAUUCAAACAAACCCGGCUGAUCGGCCAUCGAUGAGCAAGGUGGUAGACAUGUUAGAAGCAAGUCUGGAGUCCAUGGAGUUUCCACCAAAGCCAUAUUUGUUUUCUCCGACAAUGUCUCCUUAACAAUACACAACACUUUCACUUUAAGAGUUGGCAUACGCAAUAC